CCCCUAAUAGAAGCUAUUGCGAAAGGCAACUACUCCGCGGCGCAGACGUUGCUCGAGCGGGGAGCGCCCCCCAGCGCUGUAUAUAUGAAUAAAGACCCCGCAGAGCAAGGGUUCCAGGGUUUAUCAACAACGCCGCUUCGCGUUGCGAUAAUGAGCGGUUCACCUGCGAUGGUCGACCUCAUCCUUAGCGCCGGCGCAGAAGUAAAUGCUCUGCAUUCCAAGUCUAUGACACCAUUACACCUUGCCGCA